CAUACAGAAAUAACAGAGUUUAUUCUUCUGGGAUUAACAGAUGACCCAAAUUUUCAGGUUGUAAUCUUUGUCUUCCUGCUCAUCACCUACAUGCUCAGCAUUGCUGGGAACCUGACCCUUAUCACAAUCACCCUGCUGGAUUCCCACCUGCAGACCCCCAUGUAUUUCUUCCUCAGAAAUUUCUCCAUAUUAGAAAUUUCGUUCACAACCAUCAGUAUACCCAAGUUUCUGGGUAACAUUAUUUCAGGAGAUAAAACCAUUUCCUUUAAUAAUUGCAUAGUUCAGUUAUUUUUCUUCAUUCUCUUGGGAGUCACAGAGUUUUACCUUCUGGCUGCCAUGUCCUAUGACCGCUAUGUGGCCAUCUGCAAGCCUCUGCAUUACUUGAGUAUCAUGAAUCGAAGAGUCUGCACACUGCUUGUUUUUACUUCUUGGCUGGUUUCAUUUUUAAUCAUAUUCCCAGCACUCAUGUUGCUUUUAAAGCUUGAUUACUGUAGGUCUAAUAUUAUUGACCAUUUUACCUGUGAUUAUUUUCCACUGCUGCAACUUGCUUGUUCAGACACAAAAUUCUUAGAGGUGAUGGGAUUUUCUUGUGCUGCGUUUACUCUAAUGUUCACUUUGGCAUUAAUAUUUCUGUCCUACAUAUACAUUAUCAGAACCAUUUUGAGAAUUCCUUCUACUAGUCAGAGGACAAAGGCCUUUUCCACAUGUUCUUCCCACAUGGUUGUUAUCUCCAUCUCUUAUGGCAGCUGCAUUUUUAUGUACAUUAAACCGUCAGCAAAAGAUAGAGUGUCCUUGAGCAAGGGAGUGGCAAUACUAAACACCUCAGUAGCCCCCAUGAUGAACCCCUUUAUUUACAGCCUAAGAAAUCAGCAAGUCAAGCAAGCUUUCGUUAACAUGGCAAGGAAGACUGUAUUUUUCACAAGCACAUGA